UCCCUAUCUGGAAUUCGCUUCAUAACCUUCUACAAUUGGGAUUUUCAUCUUCUCAUAAAAAAAAAUCCGGUUUUUCUUCCCAAACAAGAUAAAUUUCAGCAAUAAGCAGAGGAGCUAGCUUUCAUUUUAGGGAAAAACGAAGAAAUGAGCGCUGUCAAUAUCACAGAUGUCACAGUUCUGGGUAAUCCGGCGCCGUUUUUGAACCCUCUCCAAUUUGAAAUCUCCUACGAAUGCUUGGUUCCCCUCAAAGAUGAUUUGGAAUGGAAGCUAACUUAUGUAGGAUCUGCUGAGGAUGAAACAUAUGACCAGCUACUAGAGAGUGCACUUGUUGGACCAAUUAAUGUUGGCAAGUAUCGAUUUGUUUUUGAGGCAGAUCCACCCGACCAAGCGAAAAUUCGUGAAGAGGAUAUUGUUGGUGUCACAGUAAUUCUGCUGACAUGUUCUUAUGUUGGACAAGAAUUUGUUCGAGUGGGAUAUUAUGUUAACAAUGACUAUGAUGAUGAGCAGCUAAGAGAGGAGCCACCUCAAAAGGUUUUGAUUGACAGGCUUCAAAGGAACAUUCUGGUCGACAAGCCCAGAGUUACAAAGUUUCCAAUAAAUUUUUAUCCCCAUAACGAUGAUAAUGGUGAACAGCCCCAGGAAUAUUCUACUGACACUGCUACAGGCAUUACUCAUGUGGAAGAACAAGUUUCAUCGCCUGAUCAUCACUCUGAGGUGCAACUUCCUUGAGUCCGAGCACUGAGAUUUUUGCUAGAUGUCUUCAGCAAAUGUUCAAGUUACAAAAAAUCUGGGCACAUUAGUUCUACCAUCUGAAUUUAUUGCAGGAAGAAAGCACCUGCAGUAGCUGUUCCAAGGAUUGCUAUCCAACUUGUCCUUCAUUAUUAUACUUUAAGGGUGUCCAGCGAAAUUGUUCAAUUCACCUGUCAAUUUGACAAUUUUUUUGUGGACUAUAAUGUCACAAUCUCCUUCAAGUGGGGAAUGAUGGUGGGUAUAAUCUAGCAUUUCCAUUCCCAUUAAAAAUC